CGUUUGUCACAGGCUGUUGUGAAUCGGAGGCCAGCGGCCCCACAAUGCCAGGCGGGGGAGCCCCUCUCUCAGACACACACAGCAUCACCGCCUCGCCUCACUGAGAAGGACAGAGAGAGGAGAGACAUGCGAAGGGAUGUAAGAUGGCAGAGCUACAAAUGCUAUUAGAGGAGGAAAUCCCUGCCGGCAAAAGAGCUCUUGUGGAAAGCUACCAGAACCUGUCCCGGGUUGCGGAAUAUUGUGAAAACAAUUAUGUUCAGGCUCAAGACAAGAAGAAGGCCUUGGAGGAGACCAAGGCCUACACCACCCAGUCUCUGGCCAGCGUGGCCUAUCAGAUCAAUGCCUUAGCUAACAAUGUGCUGCAGCUGCUGGACAUCCAGGCGUCACAGCUACGACGCAUGGAGUCUUCCAUCAACCACAUCUCCCAGACUGUGGAUAUUCAUAAGGAGAAAGUGGCACGUCGAGAGAUCGGCAUCCUGACCACAAACAAGAACACCGCCCGCACUCACAAGAUCAUCGCCCCAGGCAACAUGGAGCGGCCGGUGCGCUACAUCCGAAAGCCCAUCGACUACACACUGCUGGAUGACGUGGGGCACGGCGUCAAAUGGCUUAAGGCCAAGCAACAUGGGAACAAUGCAGCAGGACGGGGAGGCACGAUCUCCAGGACCAACCCACCCACACAGAAACCUCCAAGCCCCCCCAUGGCUGGUCGUGGUACCCUCGGGCGUAACACUCCCUACAAGACCCUGGAGCCAGUGAAGCCUCCAGUGGUGCCCAACGACUACAUGACGAGCCCGGCCAGACUGGGCAGCCAGCACAGCCCGGCACGCACAGCCUCGCUCAACCAGAGGCCCCGGACACACAGUGGCAGCAGUGGGGGAAGCGGCGGCAGGGAGAACAGUGGAGGCAGUGUUGUCGGAAUCCCUAUAGCGGUUCCCACCCCCUCCCCUCCCAGUAUGGGGCAAGUGGCCACAUCCUCGGCCUCCGUGCCUCAGGGCCCCGGCUUGGGCCCCAUACCAAUGUCCCAGUUUGGCACCAUCUCCCGCCAGAUCUCUCGUCACAACUCCUCUACCACCUCCUCUGCCUCAAUGGUGUCGGCCACCGGCACCUACCGCCGUGCACCCUCCGUCUCCUCCCAGCAGCCCCACAUCAACGGAGGCCCAGCCUACCAACAGAACUCAGUGUCUGUGGCUCCUCCGCCUCCUCCUCCAAUGGUGCAGCUGACCCCACAGAUCCCUCUCACCGGCUUUGUGGCCAGAAUGCAGGAGAGCAUAACAGACAGCCCCGCCCCGCCUCCUCCACCUCCCCCAGAGGACAUUAAUGUGUUUGAGGAGCCUUCUCCCCCUCCUCCUCCUCCUCCUGUGGACUACGAGGAAGAGGAGGCUGCUGUGGUCCAUUACAGUGAUCCAUACUCAGAUGGUGACCCCCAAUGGGCCCCCAAGGCCUAUUUAGAGAAAGUCGUGGCGAUCUAUGACUACAGCAAGGACAAGGAGGACGAGUUGUCCUUCAUGGAAGGAGCCAUCAUCUACAUCAUCAAGAAAAACGAUGACGGCUGGUAUGAAGGCGUUUGUAACGGCGUCACCGGACUCUUCCCGGGAAACUACGUGGAGUCCAUCAUGCACUAUGCUGACUAGAACAAACAAACAAACAAACAAACAAACAAACAAACAAAAAAAUAGCAAAACAGUAGAAAACACACCCAAAACAGUACUGCAGUUUUAAACAGAGUGACCAUGUACAGACAGGCGUAUGCAGUUCAUACAGCUCCCUCUCUGAAUGAAGUGCCAUGGUGAUUUUAUAAAGUUUUCUUUCGGGGGGGCUUGUGCUUGCACGGUUUUUGUUGUGAAAAAAAAAGAGAAACUGUUGCACAAAGGAGGAGGGGCCUGAAGCUUUGAAACUGGGGGAGUCUGUAAGUUUACACUGUGGAGCAAAGGGAGGAGGAAACAACCUUUUUUGUUACUAAUGGGGUGAUCGGUAGCACUUUCCAAACUUUGAUGGUCACAAAUGCCUCUCAAGAAAUUACAUACAAGACAAGUUCAAAGAAGUCCGAGUGAAUCUAGGUAGAGUUAGUUUGUGUACAUGCGACCAACAUUACAAGUAUUACCAGUGCUGUAGAUCUAGUAUUACAAUAUUAACAUAGGUAGAUAGGGCCGUGUAGCAUUUCUGUGAAUAUAAAAUGCUGCACCAAAGCUCCUACCCUUUUUAUUUGCACUCUAAACUUGCAGACCAACCCGCCUCUCCUUUUAUUAAACAAGUUUACCUUAUCAUAAAAAACCUGAAAAGGACAAAGUACAGGCUGUUUAUAAGACGUGGACGUACAAGUGACACCAAUGCAGAACUGCCUUAAAGCUGCAUUGUUUCUAACGGCCAGCAGGGGGCGACUGCACUGGUUGCAAAAAUAACUCCAUGAAACUAGAUUGGAAAGUGAGGUUUUAUUUUGUGGUCACAUUUUAAGUGAAGUUGACAUUUUAGCAUGCUUUGAGGCGUGGCUACCUGUGAUUGACGAGUCACUACCCUGGCAUAGAGGUGCAAAAAUGUGUCUUCUCCCUCUCACCUGAAUACUUCUGCGUCUUCAAAAAAUACAAAGUGGCCAAACGCUUAAAAAUCAAGGGUUCAAAACGGUCCACCUCUUAUACACAGUCUACAAACAGACAUCAACAAGUGCAUUAGGACACGACUGAAUGUUGGAUGACGUCGAUGUCCGAACCACACAAUGUUUAAAAAAAGGGGAACAAACAACCUGGAGUUGUGUAUUUACUAUGCUCUGUGACAGUGGGGAUGUUGUUUAAAAAGGGUGACCUGAGUGUACAGAACGCAUUACAAAAAAACAAAACAAAAAAAAGAAAACAGCUUCUUCUUUCUGGUGAAGUUUCUUUCUGUCCUCUGACUUGUAUAUAAAGUGUAACGUGAGAAGCUGCCAGUACAGUUACAUUUGUCAGUUUAGUGUGUGUCACCUGUGACUCCAUCAGCGUCAGUGGAGGUGAUGCCAAGAGUGGAUGUUUUUUGGUUUCAAUCGUGUUUAUUUUUUACUUGAAUAUUAAUUUUAUUCAUCACUUCACAGUGCCAUUUGAACUUAAACCAGGCAGAGUGGACGCAUGUAAACAUUUAUUUUUCUAUGUUCCGCCACAGUUGUAUCAUUUCGAUCAUUGUCACUGUAUUUGGUGAUGCUGUCCAGCCACUGUAGCAGAGCUCUGAGGUGUUUGCUGCUUCUGAAUGUGAAGCAGAGGAAGGACUAACCCAUGUGUGUGUCUUUUUAUGUUGUUUCUCAUCGUGCACUGAUUUCUUUUCUACGACUGUGAUGACUUUCUGAUAACCCUCACUGCUUUGAUUUUUUUCCACAUCCGGAAGUACCGACUAACCUUUACAAACAUGUCGUCUGUCCUUUCAGUGGUUGCUGGUGUGGUGCUUUACAUUGGUGCUCAAAUACCAUCAUCACCAACACAACCAACCUCAAAUAUGACCGCUCUUUAUACUGUAGGAAGGAAACAAGGGAUGUAAUCUCGUGACUUUGUUCCAGAGGGUGAACAAACAUCAGGUUUGAUUGUAAUCGUCUUGAAACACCUCUGCGUUUGUAGUGAAUGUAGGAAACUGAUCAGUAAUGUACUAAAGAUAGAUUCAGCUACUUACAGUAUGUGUUUGUGUUUCUACACACGGAUAAAACUCCUUUGAGUUUGUAUGUCCUGCUAACUGCAGGGAAGGAAUGACUCUCAAACCCAAGGUCUUAAAAACAGCGCUGGUAUGAAACAUUCUGUUCUGAUUUUUAUUACUUGUUCAAAAUACGAUGCCUGCGUACAAAGUGAUUGUGCAAGAAACAACUGAUACAAACCAUGGAUACAGAUUUUUAGAAGACAGGACAGACGGAAGAGGACAUUAUCAGGUUUCCACUCAGACAACAAAAAGACUGAAAUGAACAGCAUUCAUUCAGGCUCUGUGCAUGAAAGUAUCUAAACGUCAUUUCAGUGAAUGAUCUGCCACUACAUCUCAUUCUUGAUUGUACUUUUCCCAUCAUGAGGUCAUUUUUUGUGCGAAAACAACCUUUUCUACUUAAUGUAUUUCUAGCUUUGCAUUCAGCCCGUUCUGUUGUGUCGGAGACUGCCGAGGGAAGGCUCGCUAGCAGUUUGUAUGUAAAGGAUUUAUUUAUACUUUUUUCAUAGAGAAGUCAUGAGACGACCACUGACGUGCAGAACUUUGUAAUGUUUACCACUUUAACGUCGAGCAUUUCAGGGCAUCACAGGUCCAGGCGCCUUUCUUCGGUGUGUUUUCUUAAUAAGAAAAAAAAUCAGUAACUUAAAUGUCCAUGGGAACAGAAUCCAAUAUUUGUCUUCUCCUCUCAGUUUGUACAUAGGAUGUGUUCAUUGAAAUUUAUGUACAGUCUUUUUGUAAUAAACAGCUCAUUGAAACGAUGAA